AUGUAUUUUCCUCUGAGUAUUUAUUCAUUUCUUUAUGUUUCCUGCUUGGCCCUAAGAAGCGUUGCGGCAGGUGUAAUGUUGUCCCCCGAGACUGCAGAUGUUGCUGGAGGAGGGGCACCGAGUGGUGGAAUAGCGACCAUGAUUGCAACAAAUACGAUCAGGGAGCUGCAAUUAGCCUUCUUUCUUGAAAACCUGGAGCACGCAUUCUUUAAUAUGAGUCUCACGAACCUUGGGAAAUUGGGUAUAACGGGAUACCCCAAUGAUACUAUCCAAGUCGUUGAGAAAAUCGUUGCGCAAGAAGAAGUCCACCUCGCUAUCCUCACCAAUCUUUUGGAUGAUAUCUAAGUUGCGCCAACCCCACCUUGUAAUUACUCUUUCCCUAUCGCCUCGGCGGACGAAUUGUUUGACCUCGCUCAUCUAAUAACGACUGUCGGUAUAGGAGCCACCAUUGGACUCAUUGAACAUCUCGCAAUUAUCGGUUCCCCGCUCGCGGGACCGUUAUCGUCAUUGCUCGCAGUUCAGUCACGACACAAUGCGUUCUUCCGUUCCAUUAGAGGAAACGUGCCAAACCCCACUCCGUUUGACACAGGGAUCAGCGAAGUAUGGGCAUAUAAUCUCGCCCUGUCCUAUGUUGUUCCCGGAUCCUGCCCUGUUGAAAUACCUUUGCCAAUCCUACCAAAGCUAACAGUUGCGCAAUCAACAAGUGUAUCUAUGAACACCACCGAAAGCCCAACGGAACUUGAAUUUACAUGGGAUCCCACACAAGCACCGUUUGCCACUGAAGCGAACAAGCAAUUGCUGAUUGGGUGGGUAAACCAACUUAAUGUCCCGAUAUAUACUGCUGUCAAUAUUACAGAGUCGGGAAAGGGAACAGCUUGUGUGCCA